UCUGCAACCACCACAGAGUCUUCCAAACUUGCAACCCCCAGGCCCCCACUAUCAGCUCUACCAAAUCUAUAGCCACCAUGGCCACCACUCCAAACUCUGCUGAACCUACAACUUCCACGGCCACCAAUACCACCUCAACUGAACCGACAACAACCACUACAGCCACCACUUCAUCUGAACCGACUACCACAAUAACUUCCAGCACUACCACUGAGGCUACAAGCACCAAAGAUACCACUGUGAGGUCUACUGAACCUACAACCACCACAGCCAUGACUACAACUGCUACCAAACCUACAACCACUACGGCCACCACUGUUGUCUCUACGGAACCUACAGCUACUCUGGCAGCCACCUCAGCAUCUGAACUGACCACUGCAAUACCUGCCAGCACUGCCACUGAGGCUACAACUGCCACAGACACUACUACCCCUUCUACUGAAACUACAAGCACCAAGACCACCACAACUUCUACUGUACCUACAACCACCACAACUACCACUACAACCUCUACUGAUUCUGUAACCACCGCAGCCAUGACUACAACUGCUACCAAACCUACCACCACUACUGCCACCACUGUUGUCUCUACGGAACCUACAGCUACCCCAGCAGCCACCUCAGCAUCUGAACUGACCACUGCAAUACCUGCUAGCACUGCCACUGAGGCUAUAAACUGCCAUAGACACUACUACCCCUUCUACUGA